AAGUCCAGGGGAGAGGGGUGCUUACCUCCCUCCUGCGCACAACAGCUCGCUCCCACUCCUCCCUGCCCGCACAUCUGCCUGGACGAGGGCUCCGGGGCCUGGAUCUGGACUGCAGCAUGCGGCUGCUUUUUGAGGCAGCAGUUUUGUGCCUGACCCUGGGCUUAAGGCAAUGCGCUGAGGAAACAACACAGGAGAACAAGAACACCCACCAAGCUCCCCAGGCAGAGUCAGCCUAUUCAGAGUGGGGCAUCGGGGCCAUCCGGGACAGCUUCGAAACAGUUAACAGCUACUUUGACUCCUUCUUGGAACUGCUUGGGGGAAAAAAUGGCGUUUGUCAGUACAGAUGUCGGUAUGGUAAGGCUCCAAUGCCACGACCUCACUACAAACCCCAAGAACCCAACGGCUGUAGCUCCUAUUUUCUGGGGCUCAAGGUACCCGAAAGUCUAGAUUUGGGCAUCCCUGCCAUGACCAAGUGCUGUAAUCAGCUGGACAUUUGUUACGACACCUGCGGGGCCAACAAAUACCGCUGCGAUGCCAAGUUCCGCUGGUGCCUCCACUCCAUCUGCUCCGACCUCAAGCGCAGCCUCGGGUUUGUCUCCAAGGUGGAAGCUUGUGAAUCCGUCGCAGACGCUGUGUUCAAUGCUGUCUGGACCCUGGGCUGCCGGCCCUUCAUGAACAGCCAAAGGAGCGCCUGCAUUUGCAACGAGGAAGAACGAGAUGAAUUGUGAGGAAAAGCAGCUGCCAAGCGUUGUCCCCUCUCCGAUACAGCACUUCAGCGCAGCCAUUUCUAUCAGCCCUCUGGCCUAGCGCAGGAUGGAGGGACCUGGGCCAAGCAACACACAUCAGCUACGGCUUUUGGGCAGAGGGCAGCGAAAUGGGAGACAACCUGUGGAUACUGGGCAGUGGUGCACAGAUACCGUUCAACAGCCCUACCCCUUUCCAAGUCCAUCAGCCUGAAUGAUCUGACGCCAAUUUUCCCUACAGACCGAUCAGGAGAGGCAAGCGGGAUGCAGCACUGGUUAUGAACAAGGGGCUGUACUUGUUAGCUUGCCUUAGACACAUGUGUAUUAGCUCCCCCUGCCCCUUAACCCUCUAAUUUGCAGCGCAAGGCAUUAGGUUUCUGCAACCCCUGAAAAUCCCAGUCCAUGGACAUGCUAUUGACGUUUUUCCACCACUGGUGACAGACCGAAGAGAAGGGGUAAUUUGCUUUCAGUAUGUUGCUCACGCCCAUCCCUGACAUUUUCCAUCCUAUCACUACAAACCCUGACAGCCCUGCUUUUUUAAAUACUUGGUGGAUCCCAAAAACAGUUUUAAAAUCUGGGGAUUUGAUAAGCGCGAGAAGGACUUUGAGUGUUUGUGAUACCGGCACAAUUCAUAUUUGGGCAGAAUGGGACCAAAGCCCGUCGCACCCGAGAUGUGAAAUCACGGCACUCUCCCGCAGUCUCAGGAGAGGAAGCUGCUUUUCUUUUGCAGUGUCAUCCAGAUCUAUUUAAUUAUUUUCCUCCUGUAUCGUUUAACAAAGUUUUUCCCUUAGGAUCCCUUUUUACACAAAAUGGCUGGGUAUCCACCUCCAUCUUUUGCACGAGGGAAACAGAAGACUCACAGUUGCCUUAGAUGAGAUAUCCAAAAUCCUGGAGGCUUAUCUGUCAGGCGGCAGGGCUUACAUGCUACCUCCAUGGGACGGAGACACUGCCACCUGACGUGCCAUCAGCCGCCUCAGACAGCGUUCUUUCUAAAACGUGCUUAAUACUCCCAUCUGCUAUCGGGAGCUUUUAUUGCGCGCAAAAUUAGACUUUAAAGUGGUGCAUGAAAUUUCAUCCGCACAUCACGCUUGCGGACAGCUUUCAUCUGUGUUGCUCGUUGAAAGGAAGUUGCUACUGGGUGCGUGUGCCAUGCCACAUAAAUACUUCAGCAUCUUUUGCAAACAUAGUUAUGGUUCUGUUCUUCCAUCUGCUACAAAAAAGUUAAGGCUACAGAAGGGUGAUUUAUCAAGAUUGGAAAUGGUCUGCCUUAGUUACUUUUCUUCUCAUUUGUGUUUAAAUGCAUGCAUGGAGCUAUAAAUUAUUUAAGUCCUGUA